UAGGCUAUAUUAAAACAUUGAAAUGGUUACAGAGCACUUUACUGUAAUAAUACAGAAGAAUCUCAAAUUUGACUUGAAUUUUAAUGUAGAUAUUUACUUAUUAUUUGAACACUUUUAAAAAGGUGUGUCAUAAUUCUGGUAAUGUUUUUUGAGUUGUUAUAUUUUAUUUGUACUCACGGUGUCACUAUAGACCAACGACGCGUUAAACGCUGAACGUGUUUUGCACACGAUCCUCUAUGAGGAGUGGGACGUAUUUGUUCUCUGUUCUCUAAAGCUGGAGCAAAACGCGAGGGAUGCUGAACUCGUGACCGAAAAAUAAUAGAUUUAAUGCUGGAAACCUACCUUGUUAUAUUGAUUAUUGUAGUGUGGAAUGAUGGCGCAUGAAGGGCGUUUUCCCGGGAUCUGCGGCCGCGUUUUCUUUGUCUUUUUUGUGGAACACUGCACACGGGGAGAGCUGACCUAUUCCGUGCAAGAGGAGCUGAAGCCCGGAUCUGUCAUAGGAAAUAUCGCCAGGGAUUUGGGACUGGAAUCACAGGGAAUCCAUGCUCGUAAAGCCCGUGUUGAAAUGGAGGGAAGCGAGAAGGAGUAUAUCAGAGUUGACCUGAGAAACCGAGAUUUAUUGGUCGCGGGAAGAAUAGACAGAGAGGAGCAUUGUGGACAAAAACCAACCUGCGUUCUCAAAUUUGAUCUGCUUUUAGAAAAUCCACUGGAGUUACACCGGCUGUCCCUCCAGGUGCAGGACAUAAACGAUAAUUCCCCAGUAUUUCAAAAGGACACAGUGAAGCUGGAAAUCAGUGAGUCGGCUGUUAAAGGAGCCAGGUAUCGCAUCAAUGCUGCGCACGAUGCAGAUAUAGGCCAGAACGGCGUUCAAAGCUACAUCCUGCAGCAAAACCCCCAUUUUGUGUUCAAUAUUCAGACAACAAGUGCUGGCAAUAAAUUUGGAGAGUUAAUCUUAGAUAAAGAGUUAGACCGAGAGGAAAAGCAAGAGAUUAAAUUAUUACUAACAGCUGUAGAUGGGGGGUCUCCUCGGAGAUCAGGGACUGUAGUCAUACAUGUUACUGUGCUCGAUGCUAAUGAUAAUGCUCCGGUGUUUACCGAGGCUGUGUAUACAGCCAGGAUGCCUGAAAACUCUCCCUUAAAAACCCCAGUUAUCACAGUAAGUGCAACAGAUGCAGAUGAUGGAAUAAAUGGUGAGGUUACCUAUGAUUUUAGCAGAUUAUCUGAUAAAUCUGAAAAGCUAUUUUCACUUGAUGAAAAAACAGGAGAAAUAACUGUUGCAGGUGAAAUAGAUUAUGAAGAGGGAUCAAAAUAUGAGCUGAUGAUUGAGGCCAAAGAUGGUUACGGCCUGUCUUCGGAAGCUAAACUGAUUAUUGAUAUUACUGAUAUAAAUGACAACGCCCCAGUUAUUAAUCUAAAAUCCCUGUCCAAUCCCAUAGCAGAGAACGUGUCACCUGGUACAGAGGUGGGCAUCAUUAAUGUGCAGGACAGAGACUCAGGAAAUAACAGACAGGUCCGCUGCUCCGUUCAGCAAAACGUCCCUUUUAAGUUGGUUCCCUCUAUUAAAAACUAUUAUUCUCUGGUGACCACAGGGCAGCUGGACCGUGAACUAGUGUCUGAUUACAAUAUUACAAUCACUGCCACUGACGAGGGCUCUCCACCUCUGUCCUCCUCUAAAACUGUUCAGUUAUCUGUAGCUGACAUCAACGACAACCCACCUGUGUUUGAGGAACAGUCCUACAGCGCACAUGUGAGUGAAAAUAACAAACCUGGCUCCACUUUAUGCUCCGUUUCUGCUCGAGACCCCGACUGGAGACAAAACGGUACAGUGAUUUAUUCUCUGUUACCUGGUGAGGUGAACGGAGCCUCGGUGUCCUCCUAUCUAUCUGUUAACGGAGACACGGGGGUGAUCCACGCUGUGAGGUCGUUUGAUUAUGAACAGUUCAGGAGUUUUAAAGUCCACGUCAUGGCCAGAGACAACGGUUCUCCUCCACUCAGCAGCAACGUGACCAUCAGUGUGUUCAUAUCGGAUGUGAAUGACAACUCUCCUCAGAUACUGUACCCCGCCCCGGAGGGCAGCUCCUUCAUGACCGAGCUGGUCCCCAAAGCUGCACACGGAGGCUCUCUGGUGUCCAAAGUGAUCGCGGUAGACGCAGACUCUGGACAGAACGCCUGGCUGUCCUAUCAUAUAGUCAAAGCCACAGAUCCUGGACUUUUCACUAUUGGUCUGCACAGCGGAGAGAUCAGGACACAGCGGGACAUUUCAGAAUCUGACAGCAUGAAACAGAACCUGAUUGUUGCAGUGAAAGAUAACGGACAGCCCUCUCUGUCAGCCACCUGUGCCAUGUAUUUACUUAUUUCUGAUAACUUGGCUGAGGUGCCAGAACUGAAAGAUAUUUCUUAUGAUGAGAAGAACUCCAAGCUGACCUCCUAUCUGAUCAUUGCGCUGGUUUCUGUGUCCACCUUCUUUCUGACCUUCAUCAUCAUCAUCCUGGGUGUGAGGUUUUGUCGCAGGAGAAAGCCCAGACUGUUGUUUGAUGGAGCAGUAGCCAUCCCCGGAGCUUAUCUCCCUCCUAAUUACGCAGAUGUUGACGGCACAGGAACUUUACGCAGCGCUUACAAUUAUGACGCCUACCUGACAACCGGAUCUAGAACCAGUGACUUUAAGUUUGUAUCAUCUUACAACGACAACACACUGCCUGCUGACCAGACUCUGAAGAAAAGUCCAACAGAGUUUGUGGAUAUGUUUGGAUGCAAUGACGCUUCACCUGAGGUAUGAAUGUAAUAUUUUUUUUUAAUUUUUAACCUUUUUUAAUUUCCUACUUUAGUAUUAGAUUCUACUCAUAGUUGUGAAUACCAGAUGUCCUGAAUCUGUAUUUCUCAACCUGCCGUUGUUGUUGAAAUGCAAUUUUUGAACAGUGCUUUCAUGUGAAGUGGUCACCUGCAUUUUUUUUACUUUUAUUCUUAUUUAGUAUAUUUAAAUGUUUAAGUAUAUGUUUUGUAGUGAAUUAUUUCAGUGUUACUCUUUAACUUUCUUUAUAAUAGUUUUAAAAUGCAAACAAUCUUGAUUUAUAAAUUUUUUUUAGAUUUAAGUAUAACCAUAACCUACCAUACACCAACACCUGAUCCAAAGGUACUGGAGUAUUUAACAAAAAUGGCAAUAUGUCCUUAAUUCCUUUCCCCUCAUGUAAAGCUUCCAUGAAACUUUUUGGCUUUUUUUAUAUUCUUAUUUUGAAGUUUUUAAAUUUGAUUGCUGGAAUUGAUUAUUUAUCAAAACGUUUCUCAUAGUCAAACUAUAUAAUCCACAGAGUAGCAAUUUAUUGCAUUUCCAAAACAGGUUAUUGAAAAUAAUUAUAUCCCCAAUCAUUCAUUGUUUAAAAAUGCUUUUACAUAUUACACAGAACAUACCAUUUUUUUUUUUUAGCAGUCUGAAAUUACUUUGAGGAGAGGGGACUGACAGUGAAUAAUGUUUUUUUUUUUUCUUAGACUAUGUAUUGUUUCCUUGGCUGCAGAGUGGAUAACAAGGUCCAAUUUGCAAUUUCAUGUCUUGAGAGAAUUGUUCCUGUUGCUUUUCCUGGUCAGGUUUUUAUCUAUUGUAUGUAUUCCUCCAGAAUAGACAAAACAUAAACACUUCUUUUUUAAAUUUAGACCAACUGGGACUAUCAAGUAUCGUUGUUUUUCUUUUCCUGGUUGUCUUACAUGUACGUUUCAGUUAUCAUUGAUAAGCUCAAACUUCGAAUCAGCUCUUACAAAGAAACGUCCUCGUAAAAUGCUUUAAAUAUUUUCUUUAACUCCUGCUUUUCUCUUGUUUUAACUUUUGAAAUUCUUUUGAGCCAAGGUUUGUGAUGUCUUCCUCCGUUUUCUAUAAAAGCAGUGAUUUUUCUGAUAGUUUUGCCAGUUUUCAAGUCAAUUCCUUUAUUCUAAGCGUAGUGAACACAGCUCAAAUACUUAACUUAUUUUGGCAUAUUUGAUUUUGUUCCGCCCUGCGAUAGACUGGCAACCACUCCAGGGUGUACCCUGCCUCUUGCCCAUUGACAGCUGGAGAUAGGCACCAGCACCCCACAAAGGAUAGAUGUGUUAGAAAAAUGUAUGGAUGUAUGGAUGUAUGGGUGAUUUUGUUCCACUUGGUUGUAUAUAUUAGUUACAAAUGUAUUUUACUCCAAGUAAAAUGGGAGCCCAAAACCUUGGUCAUUUGUGUUAGUGGUAGAGAAACUGCUGGAAAACAUUGAAACCAUGUGUAAAGGUGUCAACAUGUUGUUUGCUGUCUGAACUUUGCGUAAUUUGCAGAAAAGUUCUUAACAGUUGGAAAGAGUUUAUAAUAUUGACUUUUCUGUGCAUAUUUUGAGCUUCUGAUGUCAGAAUAUGCCAUAUUUUUUUUAAAUGUGUGUAUAUAUAUAGAAACUACUCCAAAGCCUAUACUUUGCAACAUUAUCUUCACAGAAGACAUCCCAUUGAGUUUUGACACCUGCAGUUUUAUUUUAUUUUUUGUAUUCAAACAUUUUCCACUGCGGUUGUUUGAACACAAUGUAAAUUUUUCAGUUUAUUAACAUACUCUGACAUACUAUGUUGAAUAUACAGUCCACUGACAUUUUUACUCACCAUUUUUAUAAUUUGCAUUACCUGCACUAACUGCAACAGCGAGGUAAACACAAAGUCAAGAAAAAAAAUUGAAGCUGAGAUAACUGCUAAAUAAGUAUUUAUCACUAUAGUUAAGACAAUAGUUAGCAACAGAAUGUUUAAGUGUUUAAUACUGCCAUUCAUUUUCCAGGUUUUAUAUCACAUGUUUUAUUUGAUGAAACAGUUAAACUAUGUUUUUACAUUAUAUAGCUUGUGAUCUCUAUAGUGAAAUGUUUGUCCUUGCCAUUAAUAAAUCUAAAGACAGAAAGCAACAAUGUGUCUAUUACAAAAUAUCCUCAAAAUGACAGCAUUUUCAAAAUGAUAGGAAUGGUUUUUGGUUUUAACAUAAUAUACAAAGGUAAUUCCUGUAGAUUUGUUAUACCUCCAGUAUUUUACAAUAUGUUGUGUUGGUAAAAAAUAAAUAACAUUUUUAUCAA